UUGGUAGAAUAGAAAACAUAAAAUGUCUUUUUUGGAGCAAUGCGAGGAACAGUUUGGGUCAAAAGACUUGUAUAAUGUGUUGAAUGUAUCAAAGGAUGCAUCAGAAAAACAAAUCAAAGCGGCUUAUCGUAAAAUGUCUUUGAAGGUUCAUCCUGAUAGGGUAACUGAAGAAGAGAAAGCACUUGCUACUGAAAAAUUCCAAAUUUUAGGAAAGGUCUAUAGCGUACUUUCUGAUGAAGAACGUCGAAAACUUUAUGAUGAAAGUGGAUGUGUAGAUAAUGAAAUUGACAGCGACAUUUUUAAUUGGAAACAAUUUUGGUCGUCAAGAUUUGGAAAUUUAAACGAUGCCAUUAAAGAGUUUACUGAUGAAUACUGGGGCUCGGAAAAGGAAAAAGAUGACUUAAAAAAAGCUUAUGAGGAAUAUAAAGGUGAUAUGAAUAAAAUAAUACAAAAUAUGUAUUGUAGAGCUUUAGAUCAUGAACAACGAUAUAGAGAACUGAUUGAAGAAUGGAUCAAAGCUAAGGAAUUGCCAAAUUAUGAUAAAUUCUCUAAAGAAACCAAAGCAAAACGUUUAGCACGAAAACGUAAAUACGAGAAAGAAGCAAAGCAUGCAGAAAAAAAUGCGAAAGUUUUUGAAAAAGAAAUGGGAGAUUCCAUAUCCGACAUAGCAAGUAUCAUUGCCCAAAGAAAUGAGGAUCGGAUGAAGAAACAAGAAGCAUUUCUAGACCAAAUAGCUGCUAAAUAUGUGAAACCGAAAAACGCAAACAGCAAAAAGAAAAAAACUGGCACUAGUAAAAAGAAAUCCCCAUGAAAAUGGUUCAUUCCAAAAGUCCCAAGUUCAAAAUACUUAAUAAAAUGUUACUGUUUUCAGUAAUUGAGAGUAAAUUUCUAAAGUUUAUCAGUUCUACUGUACUAUUGCUAUAACUUACAUACACUUGCAUAUUUAUCUACGUAUAUUCAUGCUUCACAGUGCAUGCGUAACAGUGCUGC